GCCUCACACAGUUCUUUGGGGUGACUCUAGCAGAUAACUUUGGAAAGUACCUUGGCUUACCCUCCUUUCUAUGUCGGAAUAAGACCGAAGUAUUUACUUACAUAGCUGAUAAAAUUCUCCCUAAAAAAUUUGGGGGUCUCGGUUUUAAAAAUCUCCACGGGUUCAAUAUUGCUAUGUUGGGAAAGCAAGGCUGGAGAUUCCUCACUAAACCUGAUGCCUUGGUGUCUCGGGUCUUCAAAGCAAGAGAGAGUGGUUUCUGGAACUUGGAGCUACUGCAUCAGCUGUUCGACCAAAGGGACAUUGAUUUAAUCCUAAAAAUUUCUCCAGACAUGAAUAGGGGUGAUCGGUGGUUUUGGGCUGGACAGCCGCAUGGGCAGUACACAGUGAAGGAUGCCUAUCGUAAAUUCAUGGGUGAGGCAGAUUCUGCACUUGGUUUUUCAAAUUGGGGACGUCUUUGGAAGAUCCCGGUGGCCAUGAAAGUGAAGGUUUGUUUAUGGCGCGCUCUUCGAGGUAUUCUUCCAACCAUCCCGGCUCUUAAUUCUAAAGGUUUGGAUCUUGAUAAUUCCUGUCCGGUGUGUGGCCAAUCUGGAGAGUGACUUGAACAUGUUUUUCUCCGGUGCCGUUUAGCAGAUGGAGUGUGGAGGAGUCCGCAUAUUGGAGGAGAUAGAAAUCUGACUUUUGGGGCUUGGUUCCAGCGGCAGUCCGAGGUUUGUACUCUUGAUGGGCUACAGAUUGUGGCUUGGGCUAUUUGGGCACUCUGGAAAACUCGAAACACCGCUGUCUGGGAACGGCGUGUGGUAAUGCCGCAGGUUGUGGUUCAAAUGAUUCACUCCAUGAUGGAAAGAUGGAGGAGCAGAUUUGAUGAUACUGGACAGGAGGGAGCCGUCCUUCCCCUGCGUGUUCGUCGGCCAGGUGUGUUGCAGUGUUUUGUGGAUGCAAGCCUUUUCCCGCAGACUGGACGUGUUGGCUUUGGUGGAAUUCUUCUUACCCCCGAGGGCCAUUUUCAGGCAGCGUGUAAUGGUCCUCUUUGUUGUGUUCAAGAUCCAUUGGUGGCGGAAGCUUUGGCAUGUCGUGAAGUACUUUUGUGGCUAAGACGGCGUGGUGUGCGUGAGGUCGAGCUUUUUUCGGAUUGUCUUAGAGUGGUGCAGUUGCUUUGUCAAGAGGUAAGUCCCGAUAUUCCUUCAUACUUCGGGGGCGCCAUUGAUGGUUGUAGGGCUAUUUUAGUUGAGU